AUGUACCAUGAUUCCAACAGGCAGAGUAUGUGCACACGGAGAGCUAGCAGCUGUGUGGUGUCAACAUUGUCUUCAACAGCUGCAUGCAAAUCUCACCAAUCCAAGGUGUUGUCCAAGGUGUCCUUGUCGAUGGAUGCUGACCUUGCAAGACUCGAAAUUCAACUCAACCACAUUACAUCCAAGCAUGACUUAUCUGUGGAGGAAGUGUUAGAGGAAUGGGUAGAGAGGCAGAAAAGCUAUGAUUCAGAGAGUUGGAGGCUGCUGGAUGGGUUACCAUGCAUCAUGGGCAGUUUAACCACACUUUGUGGAAACCUCAGUGGGCAGGGGUUGAACUUCCCUUGGAAGACCCUGCCCACCUUCCUAGGAAAAAAUGGCUUGGUACUCUACAACUACCCAGAAGACUGCCCUCAUGCCUGGCUCUUGGUGUCUCACGACCCUGUCAUCUAUGCUGACUCUCACUGGAUGAAUCAUCCCCUGCCUCUUCUCCCACCCCUUCUCCCACCCCUUCACGUCAUUGUCCUGGCCCAACUAGUCAUCUCAAGGAGUCUCACCCUGCCCCAUUGUGUCCUCAUCCUGGCCCAGCUAGUCGUCUCAAGGAGACAUGCCCUGGCCCUUCGCGUCCUUGUCCUGGCCCUUCUAGUUGUCUCUGCUGGCCCUUCUCAUUGUUUCAAGGAGGCUUCUCCUGGCCCUUCUCAUCGACUCAAGAUGACACAGAUGCCUCCCCCAGCCCCAAUUGUUAGAGGAGUUGAUGCCAGAGAGCUCAUUCUGGGUAUAGCCUGCCUUACCCAGAAUUCAACAGUGAUGGAAGCCACUGGAGAUGCCAUGGAUGAACUUGAGAUGGCUGCAUAUACAAUUUUAAUUACAAUCAAAUCUGCCAAGAAAUCACACAAGGCCAUGGAGACUGACUCAAAUGGCAAAAUUAAACAACUUUUGUGGUGCCAUGGAAGGAGAAGAGAUGUACUGGGUCUGGGUGCCUUGUUACGAUCAGAUUUUGCGACACUGAUCCUCCUGUGA